CCCAGACAAUAACACAAACAAAUUAACCUUCUCAUUCUACCAUCUUUACUGUAACUCAUUUCCUUUGUUCAGGGUUCAGGAUUCAACACCCCUCAAUGGCUGCUUCAACCAUGGCUCUCUCUUCUCCAUCUCUUGCUGGAAAGGCAGUUAAGCUUUCGCCAGCUUCUGAUGUCAUUUCUGAAGGAAGGUUCACUAUGCUCUUCCAAAAGAAGACAGCGGCAGCAAAGACAGCAAAGCCAAGCAAAUCUGUGUCCUCCGGUAGUCCAUGGUACGGUGCCGACCGUGUGAAGUACUUAGGUCCCUUCUCUGGUGAGUCUCCAUCUUACCUCACCGGUGAAUUCCCUGGUGAUUACGGUUGGGACACCGCCGGGCUCUCUGCUGACCCUGAAACCUUCUCCAAAAACCGUGAGCUAGAAGUUAUUCACUGUAGAUGGGCAAUGCUUGGGGCUCUUGGUUGUGUCUUCCCUGAAUUACUUUCCCGUAACGGAGUUAAGUUCGGCGAAGCCGUAUGGUUCAAAGCUGGAUCACAGAUUUUCAGUGAGGGAGGAUUGGACUACUUGGGUAACUCAAGUUUGGUUCAUGCUCAGAGUAUUCUAGCAAUCUGGGCUACACAAGUUAUCUUAAUGGGAGCAGUUGAGGGUUACCGUGUUGCUGGUGGUCCACUAGGAGAGGUUGUCGACCCACUUUACCCAGGAGGUAGCUUUGAUCCUCUUGGUCUCGCCGACGAUCCAGAGGCAUUUGCUGAAUUGAAGGUAAAAGAGAUCAAGAAUGGAAGACUAGCAAUGUUUUCAAUGUUCGGGUUCUUUGUUCAGGCAAUUGUGACUGGUAAGGGACCAUUGGAAAAUUUGGCUGAUCACUUGGCAGAUCCCGUUAGCAACAAUGCUUGGAAUUAUGCCACCAACUUCGCACCAGGCAAGUGAAGAAAAUUUUGUCUUAGACUGCCUAUGUAGAUUACUCAAAAAUGAUGGAGAGAUGUGAAAUAUUUAGCGAGGUUGUGAUUGUUUGUACAUUUUUUGAAAGCUAAUGAAGAAUUUGUUGUUGAGAUAAUUGUGAAUCUUC